AUGGAUCCUUUUUCAGCAGAGGGUGAACUCAUCAACAUCCACAGUGCCUUCCACCAAGGCCAAUACCAAUCCGUCCUAGACUUCGACACCUCCGCGCUCUCCCCCGAAAACCACCUUCCCGCCCGCGUCCUGCAGCUCCGCGCCAAAAUCGCCCUCGGCCAGCCCGACCAAGUCCUCUCCGAAAUCCAGAACGAAGACGAACCGGACCUCGCUGCCGUGAAGGCGCUGGCGCAGCAUUCGGCGGGCGAUGAGGAGACUGCGGUGAAGACUGCGCAGGAGCUGGCUGAGAAUUAUCCGGAGAACGCGAGUGUGCUGGUUUGUGCUGGGACGGUGUUGGCGGCGACGGGGAGGGAGGAGGAGGCGUUGGGGGUUUUGAGUAAGCAUCAGGGGAGUCUUGAUGCGUAUGUUUCCUCUUUACACUGCUAUGGGAGAAGAUUUGGGGAGAGGCUGAUUGGGUAUAGGGUCGCUUUGAUCGUUCAGAUCCAUCUCCAGCAGAAUCGGACCGAUCUGGCGCUUAAGGAAGUGCAGGCUGCGAAGCGUUGGGCUCAGGAUUCGCUUUUGGUGAAUCUGGCUGAGUCAUGGGUUGGAAUGAGAGUUGGCGGCGAACAAUACCAAUCCGCAUUCUACGUCUACGAAGAACUCGCAUCCGCCCCUAGUACCACUGCUGCGGUGUCGAUUGCCGGCCAGGCCGUUGCGGAACUGCAUCUGGGACGGAUCCCCGAGGCCGAGGCUGCGCUGUCGGCUGCUCUGGAGAAAUACCCCGAUGACGUGGAGUUGAUUGCCAACACGAUUGUUCUGAAUGUGCUGGCUGGGAAGCCGACUGAGGAGUUGGAGUCACGUCUCCAGCAGGUUCAACCGUCGCAUACCCUUUUGUCCGAUAUUCAAGAGAAGAGCGAGCUGUUCGAUACGGCGGCUGCCAAGUAUGCUCCGCGGGUGUCUUCAUGA